GUAGCCUCAUAACCAGCUGAUAGUUCAACAACCUGGGCAGAGCUCGAUCAGCUAUAGUACCAUCCGAAUACCAGAGGAAAACACAGGGACUACACAGAUCUAGAAGCAAAAUAAGGAAAUAGUGUUACAUCGAUAAACAUCAUUCACCAGGUUUGCUGUGUUUAUCAAGGCUGCCUAGGAGGAUCCCACUCCACCCCACACCCCAUCACCCUUUUUCCACCAUGAGCACCCGUGGGAAUGCCAGGACCAAUGGAAACCUACCUCAGACUAAGAUCUGCCAGUUCAAGUUGGUGCUGCUGGGAGACAUGGCAGUGGGCAAGUCCAGCCUGGUCCUUCGCUUUGUCAAGGGUCAGUUUGAUGAGUUCCAGGAAACUACAAUUGGAGCUGCCUUCUUGGCCCAGUCAGUUUGUCUGGAUGACACUACAGUCAAGUUUGAGAUUUGGGACACAGCUGGGCAGGAACGCUAUCACAGCCUGGCACCCAUGUACUAUCGUGGAGCCCAGGCAGCCAUUGUAGUAUUUGACAUAACGAAGCCGGAAACAUUUGAGCGAGCAAAGGCCUGGGUAAAGGAGCUUCAGAGGCAGGCUAGUCCAAAUAUAGUCAUUGCACUAGCUGGAAACAAGGCUGACCUUUCAGACAAGAGACUGGUGGAAUAUGAGGAAGCUCAGACGUAUGCUGAGGACACAGGCUUGCUUUUCAUGGAGACUUCUGCAAAGACCGCUAUGAAUGUCAAUGAGAUAUUCCUGGCUAUUGCAAAGAAGAUGCCAAAGAUGGAUACACAAAAUCCGACACAUGCCGCCCGACACAGGGGAGUCAACCUACAGGACCCAGAUGCCCAGUCCAGCCGGAGCUGCUGUGGAAACUAAAAAGCUGCCUACACACCAUCAACAUCAAAAAGGGAGACCACCCUUUCCCAUUGUUCUGCCCUUCACCCAUUCACCUCCAAGACUGACAUGGAGAGAGAAAGAGUAAAAAAAAAAAGAAACAAAAACACCAAGAACUGAAAAAUGAACAGAGAACAGUCUGCUUCAGUCAAGUGUUUGUACUCUAAGAAAAAAGGACUUUGUAUAUGGCACUUAAUAAUAGAUGUGUUUUUAAUUUCAGCAUUUUUUCCCAAUUGGUUUGUAAAGGAGAUAGCAGAGCUGAGAUUCCGGCUCUUCAGCACUGGGAGAAAAUGCAGCCUUGAUCUAAAAAAGGGAUGGAUUUGGUCUUGUUAGCCCCUGUCUGUUCCCAGGACAUACUCUUUUGCUCUUUUUGUGUGAUCUUCAGAAAUGUAUUGUGAAAAAGGCUGCUCUGCCUUGCCUGUUUUUGUUGUCACUUUUUGAAAAUAACUAAACAACCCAGCAUCUGUAAUAUGCUAGAAUGAAUAACAAAUACAUAAUUUGGAUCCAUUUAAAUUCUUCCUUAAGGACCUGUUUAUACAUUGCAUUUAAAAGUGUCUUCAGUAAUCGAAUUAUACCCAGAUUUUACUUGACUGCUUAAGAAGCAGCUAAGACACAUGAUCUAAUCACCCAAACCACAAUCAGAGAUGGUCGGAGACAAUUUUUGACUGCAGUAACGUGUAAAUAAAAUGCAUUUUCUGUAUCAGCAGUCACAGGCCAAAACAAACCUGCUAAAGUGCUUACUGGCAGGUUAAAAGGGAAAAACAAAGUGCAACAUGACAGACAAAACUUUCAUAAGGAAAUAAAUUAUAUUAUUUAAAAUCAAAUAGUCAUUGUCGUAGCUGGUUAUUUUAGGCUACAAUAGAAUAAUACUAUGCAGAUGGAAUGAUUAUAUAUUCAUAAUAUUUGAAAGAAAUUAUCUACAAUCUCCAAAAUACAACCAGUUUUCAAAAGGUUGAAACAAAAAAGACAUCGCUGAUUUGCAAAUCCUUUUUUAUGUGUAUUUAGCCGGCUUAUAGCAGUGUUGAGAUUCUUGAGUUAAAAUAAAUAAUCUGCAACAGAGUUUAUGAAUCACUGCUUUCUGUAUUAAUGUCAGAAUAAAAAAUAAAUAAAUAUAAUUUAUUAUUGAAAAUGUGAGAAUAAACAAAGUUUUAACAUUGGUCUGAUCUAUUAAAUGAAAUGGUCUUGAAAUGGCAGUCUAGCCAAAAUUAAGGGAAAUAACCCCAUCAUUUAAAAAAAGGCUACAAAUUUUAACUGAACAACUGAUUUUCACUGCAUGUGCUUACUAGUUUGUAUUGUGAAGUAGGUGUAUUUUGUUUACAUACCUGUGCCCCCCUCUACCCCAAAUCUCACUAUCUAGUCUUUUCCACCCGCAGAUCUUAUCAAAGAGAGCCGGAUCACAACACUUCUCCAAUAUGUGUUUAGUCAGCGGUACAGAGCCAGACUAGGCUUCAUGUGACCCCAUUUAAUGAAAUGUGUAAACAGGCAUAAGGUGCUUAAACACACCCACAAAUAUUCAACAAAGGUAACAAAUAAAAACAGAAGUGCCUAUCCUAAGUGUUCUUCAUUUUGGGUUUGUUGAAGAUGCAUUUAAGCUAGCAGACAUGAAGUAGUUCAACCCACUGUUUAAAGGUCUUGAGCCUCAGCCCUGAGUCCUCAGUUCUGCUAGUUUUAGCUCUUGACAUACCCAGAGCAAGUAAACUGUUAAACACAGCAAGGUCCUUUUGGUGUGUUGGAAGCUAGAACACCAAGACUGGCAGCAGAAUUAAGACCGCUUACCUGAAUAGCCCCUUUCUAUUGUCUUGUUUAAUAAUUGCUGUUUUUGUCAAUUUCUGUGGGAAGAAAAUAUGUAUGAAUUCUCUACUUUCUAGUUUAUUUAAAAUUUGUUUUAUUCAGUAACGAAAUUGGUUGCCUAUGCAGUUUACAUUCAUGUAGGGAAUAAAGAUGCAUCACAUGUG